UAACCUAACCUUCGUCUUGUAAGCUAACCUUUAAUUACUCUCCCGACAGCAGUGCCAGGAAUGCCAGAAUAGCACGAGUAUCGUUAAGGACGAUAACACGAAGAUACGAUAAUUUCGGUGUUUGCUACGCGAGUAUAUGUGAGAGACAGUCGUGCUGCGGAGUAACGCUAGAUCGUUAGAUCACAGAUUUGAAAUGUGAGUAUAUACGUCGAAUUAAAUCCACUGCGUGGAUGCGAACACGUUGAAGCCUUCUUCCAUUGUAAAAAAUGAAGCCGAUGAUGAUGGUACCGUGUCGCAAAAUGGAAUUCACGUAGUGUUACGGCGUUCAACGACGGGUAUCUGUUUGGAACCGAGAUUGCUAUGUUUUAUACCUUUAUGAUUUACACAUCUUACGGUAAAGCAAUGUCGAAUACAUUGAUGCAGCAAUUUGUCCAGCGGCUCAAGUCGAGAAAUGAGGAGGCACGUAACAAGGCGGCACGCGAUUUGUGCCUGUAUGUCAAAAGGGAAUUGCGGGAAGCGUCACAAGAAGAGAUCACAGCUUUCAUGGAUGAAUUUAAUCAUCACAUAUUUGAAAUGGUAUCCGCUUCUGAUAUCAAUGAGAAGAAGGGCGGUAUAUUAGCCAUAGUUUGCCUUAUAGGUGCAGAUGUAGGUAAUUUUAAUACACGAACGGUACGAUUUGCCAAUUAUCUUAGAAACUUGAUACCUUCUAACGAUGUGGGGGUUAUGCAAUUAGCUGCAAAGACUGUUGGAAAGUUAGCGCUAGUUUCCGGUACUUAUACAGCCGAAUAUGUCGAGUUCGAGGUAAAACGUGCCUUUGAAUGGCUUGGUGCGGACAGACACGAGGGCAGAAAGCAUGCUGCCGUACUUGUACUGAGAGAACUCGCUGUCUCUGUACCAACGUACUUUUUCCAACAAGUUACACCGUUUUUCGAAUUGAUAUUUAAUGCUAUACAUGAUCCUAAGCCAGCUGUACGGGAGGGUGCGGUAGAAGCUCUAAGAGCAGCCCUGGUAGUCACUGCUCAGAGAGAAACUGCAAAGCAGAUGCACAAGUCUCAAUGGUAUAAACAAUGCUACGACGAGGUGAUAGAUGGAUUCGAGGAGAUUCAUACGAAGGAGAAGGGCAUUAAUAGGGACGAUAGGAUACAUGGCUCAUUAUUAGUAUUAAAUGAGCUUUUGAGAUGCAGUAAUGUUCAAUGGGAAAGGAAUUAUGAGGCUUUAAUGGAAAGAUUGAAUGGCUCUACGCAAAAUGAAAACGAUAUACUUUCCCUGAUGCCGCGCUUGAAGACGACGAUCGGUUCCAAGUGGUCCGGAUCUCAGAACGCUAACGCGUCUCAACAUACAUUGUAUCCGGCACACGAAUCGACCGUUUGCAGAUGCCUGAUGCAAGAGAGACUGGACGAUAUUUAUAAUGACGUUAUGAAUCAAAAGAUAUCUAGAAAUCCACACAUCCAACACGCCCUCAUGAUGCUGUUACCAAGACUCGCUGCGUUUAACAAGGAGAAGUUCAUAAAGGAUCAUCUGAAAGAGUCCUUGGCAUAUCUUCUGUUGAUCCUGCGUAGCCGUGAAAAGGAUCGUUACGCCGCUUUCACAUCGAUUGGUUUCAUAGCCGUAGCAGUGGAAGAUGCAAUAAAUCCAUACUUACCGAAAAUCAUGGAAGUAAUCAAAAGCUUGUUGCCGUCUAAGGAAACUCCUAGCAAAAAGCGCACUCCUCUGGAACCGGCGGUAUUCGUUUGUAUCACUCUACUUAGCCAUGCAGUCAAACAGGUCAUAGCUUCCGACGUCAGAGAUUUGUUAGAGCCUAUGUUUCAAACAGGAUUAAGCCCAAUUUUGACCACGGCGCUCAGAGAGUUGGCGCAUAGUAUUCCAUCUUUACAGGUGGAUAUAUCUCAAGGUCUCUUGCGAAUGUUGUCGCAGGUUUUGAUGCAAAAGCCAUUGAGGCAUCCCGGUGCACCGUGGACAGCAACCAGUCCGAAUUCCGCGGCGGAUGACGUUUCGUCGACGGUACUCGCAUUAAAAACUCUAGGUACCUUUAAUUUUGACAAUAAUCCAUUAUUACAGUUUGUAAAGAGAUGCGCGGAUCACUUUUUAACGUCGGAGCAGGCAGAAGUCCGAUUGGAAGCUGUGAAAACCUGCUCUAGACUGUUGAGAUUAACACUGAAUCAGUCCGGUCCGACAGUAACCACUACCGUUUCGACUGUCCUGAGUAAAUUGUUGGUGGUGGGAAUAACCGAUACAGAUCCAGAUGUACGUCUAUGGGUAUUGGCCUCACUGGAUGAUUCUUUUGACGUGCAGCUGGCGCAAGCGGAGAAUUUGUCCGCGUUGUUUAUUGCCAUGAACGAUGAGAUGUUCGAGAUCAGAGAAUUAGCAGUUCGUACUGUUGGACGACUCAGCACGCUGAAUCCUGCUUACGUUAUGCCAUCGUUAAGGAAGACUCUAGUGCAAUUCCUGACGGAAUUGGAACACUCGGGAAUGGGUCGUAAUAAGGAGCAAGCUGCUCGAAUGUUGGAUCAUCUUGUCGUUACUGCGCCGAGACUCGUGCGACCAUACAUGGAGCCGAUUCUGAAGGUUCUUGUCCCGAAGUUGAAAGAAUCUGAUCCGAAUCCCGGUGUAGUGUUAGCUGUUCUGCGCGCAAUCGGCGAUCUGGCGGAGGUCAACGGCGCCGAGAUGCAGCAGUGGAUGUCCGAACUUUCGGCAAUAUUACUGGAAAUGUUGGUGGAUGCCAGUUCUCCUGAGAAACGUGGAGUAGCAUUGUGGGUAUUCGGUCAAUUGGUCGGCAGCACAGGUCACGUGGUAAAACCAUAUAUACAAUACCCGUCUUUACUGGAUGUUCUCAUCAAUUUCCUCAAAACGGAACAACAACCGAUCAUCAGGAGAGAAGCCAUCAGAGUGCUCGGACAGUUGGGUGCAUUGGAUCCUUAUAAACACAAGAUGAACCUCGGGCAAAUUGACUGCCAGUUAGACACGCUCACCUCGAUGGCGGAUACCAAGAGUGACGUGGAGAACACUCAGGAUUUGACGACCAGUGAGAUGCUGGUGAAUAUGUCACCGUCCACAUUGGAAGAAUUUUAUCCAGCGAUCGCCAUCACGACGCUGAUGCGAAUUAUUCGCGAGCCAACCUUAUCCCAGCAUCACACCAUGGUGGUGCAAGCGGUGACCUUCAUAUUCAAGAGUCUCGGAAUAAAGUGUGUGCCGUACAUCUCUCAAGUGAUGCCGAGCUUUCUGAAUGUCGUGCACACGGCGGACAUGAAUUUCCGAGAGUUCUUGUUCCAGCAGCUGGCCGUUCUGAUCGCCAUCGUGAAACAGCACAUACGAAACUAUCUGGACGAUAUAUUUACCUUGAUCAAGGAAUUUUGGACCGUAAAUAGCCCUUUGCAAAGCACGCUGAUUCUUCUAGUUGAGCAAAUCGCAAUGGCUCUCGGUGCGGAAUUCAAGAUAUAUCUGCCACAGCUGAUGCCACCGAUACUCCGAGUUCUGACACAUGACACCAGCAAGGAUCGCGCGGUGACGGUGAAGCUGCUCCUAGCUCUGCAGACAUUCGGGAACAAUCUGGACAAUUAUCUGCAUCUCGUGCUGCCGCCGAUCGUUAAACUGUUUUACGCAAACGAUUGUCCGAUAGCCGUGAACAAGGUCGCGCUCGAGACGGUAGAUCUUCUCGCGGAUACGUUGGACUUUACGGAUUUCGCGUCGCGAAUCGUUCAUACCUUGGUACGUACAUUGGACCAGUGUCCAGAGUUAAGGGGCACGGCUAUGGACACGCUCUGUGCUGUUGUAAUGCAGCUGGGUAAGAAGUAUCAGAUUUUCAUCGUACUGGUUCAGAAGGUCAUGACUAAGCACAAGAUAGUCAAUGCGCGAUACGACGUUCUGGUGGAUAAGAUACUCACGGACUCGACCGCGGCGGACGGCGAAGAUUUCUUGCUGAUGAGAAUGCGACACUCGCGCAACAAGAAUCGCGAACUAUCGUUAACGCCUUCGGAGACGACCACGAUCAAGAGGCUGCACGUGUCGGCCUCGAACCUGCAGAAGGCAUGGACGGCGACGCGCCGUGUGUCCAAGGACGAUUGGCUCGAGUGGCUAAGAUGUUUCUCUAUCGGUCUCCUCAAGGAAUCCCCGUCUCCGGCUUUGCGAUCCUGUUGGGCAUUGGCGCAAACCUACGCUGUAUUACCACGCGAUCUAUUCAAUGCGGCUUUUGUCUCGUGCUGGACGGAACUGAAUGAGAACUACCGAACGGAAUUGAUACAGACUCUGCAUCAGGCAUUAAUGGUUCCCGAUCUGCCCGCCGAAGUGACGCAGACCAUUCUAAACUUGGCCGAGUUCAUGGAGCAUUGUGACAAGGGUCCUCUGCCAUUGGACAAUAAGAUCCUCGGUGACACAGCGAUGCAUUGUCGCGCGUAUGCCAAAGCAUUACACUAUAAGGAGGAUGAAUUCCACAAGAGCAGAAACAGCAGUGUCUUUGAGUCCCUGAUUUCUAUUAACAACAAACUUCAGCAGAAGGAAGCGGCCGAGGGCUUGUUGGAGUACGUGAUGAAUCACAAUCAGCAGGAUCUUAAGGUUCAAAUACGUUGGUAUGAGAAACUUCACAACUGGGACAAGGCGUUGCAGUUGUAUCAGGAACGUCUCGAGAGUGAUUCCGCCGAUGUAGAGUCCACCUUGGGGGAGAUGCGUUGCUUGGAGGCUCUCGGCGAAUGGGGCCAGCUUCACGAUGUCGCUACGAAACAAUGGUCGAAUCAGUCUGACGAUAUUAAGCAGAGAAUGUCGAGAAUGGCGGCGGCCGCGGCGUGGGGUUUGAGUCAGUGGGAAAGUAUGCAGAAAUAUGUAUCGCUGAUACCAAAGGACACCCAAGACGGAGCGUUUUACAGAGCGGUACUGGCGAUCCAUGACGAACAGUAUACCGUCGCGCAUCAGCUCAUCGACAGCGCCAGGGAUCUGUUGGACACAGAGCUGACCGCCAUGGCCGGCGAGAGCUACCAGCGAGCGUACAACGCCAUGGUGGAGGUGCAAAAAUUGGCAGAGCUGGAGGAAGUAAUUCAGUUUAAGCUGGUGCCCGAGCGCAGAGCGGCCAUCAAAGCCAUGUGGUGGGAACGGCUUCAGGGUGGACAGAAGAUUGUGGAGGAUUGGCAGAAAAUCAUACAGGUGCACACACUAGUAGUCUCGCCGCAAGAUGAUAUGUAUACGUGGCUCAAGUACGCCAGUCUCUGCCGGAAGAGCGGUAGCUUGAUGCUGUGUCACAAGACAUUGGUGAUGUUAAUGGGCACGGAUCCGUCCUUAACUCCGGAUCAACCGUUACCGACGACUCAUCCUCAGGUGACUUUUGCCUAUUGCAAGCACCUGUGGGUCGCAAACAAACGCGAGGAAGCUUACAGUCAACUGCAACGGUUCGUGCAAACCUAUUUGCAGCCAGCGACGGCGGCGGUAAUAAAUCAAGAGGACGAGAAGCAGCACGAGAGCAAAAAGAGAUUGCUCGCCAGGUGUUACCUCAAGCUUGGCGAGUGGUUAGAAGCCUUGCAGGGUAUAAAUGAACAUUCCAUUCCUGCGGUACUAUCUUACUAUGCCGCGGCGACAGAACACGAUCCCACUUGGUACAAAGCUUGGCACGCUUUUGCUUAUACCAAUUACGAGACCGUUCUAUUUUAUAAGCAUCAGCAAGGUAGCGAUAACGCGUCGGCGGAGACUGCAUCCGGCAACGGAGAUCGCAGUAAUCUCUCUAGCUCGCAAUAUAUAUCUCAUCUUUAUACUGUCCCAGCCGUGGAGGGAUUUUUCAGAUCCAUCAACUUGUCGGACGGCAACUCUCUGCAGGAUACCCUUCGUCUGCUCACGUUGUGGUUUGAUUACGGCCAGUGGCCGGAAGUAUAUGACGCUGUUGUCGAAGGCAUAAGAUUAAUAGAAAUAAACACUUGGUUGCAAGUGAUUCCACAACUCAUAGCCAGAAUCGACACUCAGAGGUCGCUGGUCGGCCGAGGCAUACAUCAUCUUCUUAUAGAUAUAGGAAAGACACAUCCUCAAGCUUUGGUUUAUCCAUUAACGGUUGCUUCAAAAAGCGCUAGUCAUGCGAGGAAGAAUGCGGCGAAUAAAAUCCUGAAAAGUAUGUGCGAGCACAGUCCGACGUUAGUUCAACAAGCCAUGAUGGCGAGCGAUGAGCUCAUCAGAGUCGCGAUCUUGUGGCACGAAUUAUGGCACGAAGGUCUGGAGGAAGCCAGUAGAUUGUACUUUGGUGAAAGAAAUGUUAGAGGCAUGUUCGACACGUUGGAGCCUUUGCACGCUAUGCUCGAAAGAGGGCCGCAGACUCUAAAAGAGACCUCUUUCAAUCAAGCUUACGGAAGAGAUUUAAUGGAAGCACAGGAAUGGUGUCACAGAUACAAGGCAUCCCGGAAUGUGAGAGAUUUGAAUCAAGCUUGGGAUUUGUAUUAUCACGUGUUCCGGAGGAUAUCUCGACAACUGCCACAAUUGACCAGUCUGGAAUUGCAAUACGUUAGUCCGAAAUUACUCAUCUGCCGAGAUUUGGAGUUGGCUGUGCCGGGAAGCUACAGUCCUGGCCAGCCUAUCGUCAGAAUAGCAAGCAUUCAUAGCUCUAUGCAGGUGAUAACUAGCAAACAGAGACCAAGAAAGCUGUGCAUUAAAGGUAGCAACGGGAAAGAUUACAUGUUUCUCUUGAAAGGUCAUGAGGAUCUAAGACAAGAUGAGAGGGUAAUGCAAUUAUUCGGUUUGGUGAACACUCUCUUGUUACACGACCCGGAUACUUUCCGAAGAAAUCUUACUAUUCAAAGAUAUGCCGUGAUUCCAUUGUCUACUAACAGUGGGCUCAUCGGUUGGGUGCCGCAUUGUGAUACGCUUCAUACGCUUAUUAGAGAUUACAGGGAGAAGAAGAAGAUAUUACUGAAUAUCGAACACAGAAUAAUGUUACGAAUGGCACCUGACUACGAUCAUCUAAUGCUUAUGCAAAAAGUCGAAGUGUUCGAGCACGCACUCGAACAUACUCAUGGAGAUGACUUAGCGCGACUCUUGUGGUUAAAAUCACCGUCGAGCGAAGUGUGGUUCGAUCGCAGAACGAAUUACACGCGAUCUCUGGCUGUGAUGUCAAUGGUGGGAUACAUACUCGGUCUUGGCGAUCGUCAUCCAUCUAAUUUGAUGUUGGAUCGUCUUAGCGGUAAAAUACUGCAUAUCGACUUCGGAGAUUGCUUCGAGGUGGCGAUGACGCGCGAGAAGUUCCCCGAAAAAAUACCUUUCCGUUUGACACGAAUGUUGAUCAAUGCGAUGGAGGUAACCGGUAUUGAGGGAACAUACAGAAGGACUUGCGAAUCCGUGAUGUCUGUACUACAUCGGAAUAAGGAUAGUUUAAUGGCGGUUUUGGAAGCAUUCGUCUAUGACCCUCUCCUCAAUUGGAGAUUGAUGGACAAUGCGGUGCCUAAAGGCAAACGAUCGGACGCUCAGGGUAUGAGUGCCAGCAGCAGUCAGGAACACGGCGAUAUGCUUGAUUCUCUUACCGCCACGUUACCAAAGAAAGGUGUGCCAUGCAGCAUCGAAAAUGGAGGUAAAGCUGAUAAUAAUCAACCAGAAGCAUUGAAUAAGAAAGCCUUGGCAAUUAUAACGAGAGUCAGAGAUAAAUUAACGGGGCGUGACUUUUCGCAUGAGGAAACUCUCAGCGUUCGGCAACAAGUUAAUCUGUUGAUUCAGCAGGCUACGAAUAAUGAAAAUCUUUGUCAAUGUUAUAUUGGAUGGUGUCCAUUUUGGUAAACAAGACAGACAAAUCUUCUCAUUAAAGAGAUGAAGUUUUGUAAGUGUGCAAUUAUCUGUUUUUGCAUUUAUAAAUUUACGAAAUUAUUAACUGCGUUUACGAUAAUCU